AUGAAUAGAUCCUCAAAACCAUCAAGCUCAUCGAAAUGCCCAACAUGCAACGCACCAACAAAGAGGUCAGACAUUCGCAUCAUCUUUACGACAAAUGUUGUUGCUGUGGAUACACAGCAAUUAGAGGCAAUGGAGGCCUCACUUCGCGUGGCAAAAUCGGCUCAGGUGGCAGCAGAAAGUCAAUUUAGCCAGCUUUCGUCCACAAUCACGGCUUUGCAAGCGGAGCUGGUUUGGACGCAACAAAAGCUAAAAGACAGCCAAGAUCUCUUGAGAAAGGAACGGAUUUUAUAUCGUUCGGAAGAAAAAUCGUCGACAAAGAGAUUCAAGUCGAUUCGUAAUGGGAUAUUGGAAUUUAAGAAAAGCAUUGCCCUUGGACUCCUCGAUUUUAACCGCAUCCCUAGAUGGAGCAAUGAAACUAUCCAGCCUGUCGAGCAAAAAUAUCCUUGCAAGGUACUAAAGGCAUUUAACUUUCCUAGCUUUGAAAUAGGGGUUCCCGUUUGGUCUUGUUGCUAUGAUUCUUUAGACAUCAAUAUAGUGUACGCCGGAUGCUCAAAUGGAAGCAUUUAUGGAUACGAUCUAAGAAAAAUUUCAGAUCCAAUUUGCAAAUGUGCUGUGGAAGAGAACUCGUCAUUUCCAAUCCAUUCACUUGCCUUUGAUUCUCAGAACAAUGGAUUGCUGAUUGGUAGUCUUCGAGGCGCCUACUUUAAAAAGGACAUAACAGAUUCUCUCUCUUCAAAGCCAGCAGCCUUGGCGCUGCCAGAAAGCCUCAAAGGCGGAAAUAAAGAAAUUUUUUGGUCUCCUAUCGGCAGUAUCCGCUGCAUUUGCCCUCCAUUCACAUUUAUGGUAUGUGGAAUAUCUUUCCCCAUCAUAGACACAUUUUUGCUUGACGCAUUUGAAGUCGACAACAUGCAUGGCGACUCCUUUUCAAAACAAAAUCCGACAAUCUUUUAUGCCUCCUCUGGUCAAAAGACAAUGAGCCGAAGCGUUGUUUACAUGUCUGAAGAAACCGAUUCCAAAGCAUUUGCCUUGCUUUCUGACGAGGCAUCUUCAUCAGUUGACCUCUGGUCCCUUCCAUCCUAUCAGCAGGAAAACAUGAGGGGUAAUGAAUCUCAGCAACCACAGGUCAUCCAAAAAUUGCCUUCAAAUUGUAACGAAAAUAUUGUUGGAAUAGCACGCUCCAUGAUUGAGGCUAAGGAAUGGAUUGCCUAUUGCACCGCUUCCCAGGCCGUUCUGUACAGCUCAAAUAAUUUAUUAUGUGAAUAA